AUGGACGGCUACCCCGCGGGAAGCCUCGACCACAAUGUCCCGCUGCUCGUCGCAUCCGGCCUGAACGCGGCCCUGCCCGAGCUCCAGCUCGAGGGCGACCUCAAGGACCAAGGCAUCCUGCUAAAGUCGGAGCUGCCGCCGCUGGAGGGCAAAGAGGCCGAUGUGCUGGGGGAAUACUUUGAGGAGAUUGACGGCCAUGGCAAGUCGUGGACGAGUGUGGCUCGCGACGAGCCGUAUCGGUUCCGCAUCAAGACGUCGUUCUUCCUUCCUCCCCACCGCGCGAAGCUCCCCGAAUCCGACGAGCCGCUCGAUUCCGCGUCGGUUCUGCACUCGCCGUUCUCUCCCCUCUCGCCAGUGUCAGCGCUGUACCCGGACGGCUUGAUAGACGCGCAGUGGAUCCGGAAGCACCAGGAGCUCGUCCCUAGCAUCUAUGCCUGCUUCUACACCCUCGCCAACGACAACCGGCUGAAAGCAGACAUCAACGAACUCAAGAGGAUGCUCGCAAGCUCUGGGUACAAGACGAGGGUGGCCGUCAUCCUGCUCGGCGACGCAUCAUCCGGGUCCGCGCAGCUCUCCGAAGGAGUGCAAGACCGCUUGGAAGCGAUACGGAGGGGCACCGCGCUGGAUCCCAAGUCAAUAUUCUAUAUUCCGGUACAGAGCUCGCCGACAGAGCUGAAAAAGGUCAUGGACAAUAUUCUCUCAGUGCUGUAUGGUACGGCGGUCGAGUACUAUCGCGACCUCGGACGCCAUGCGAGGAAGAAGCGGUCGCGUGGCGUCGCACCACGGCCGACCGUGCCGCCGACUUCAGGCACGUCGCGAACGUUGUCGCUGCCGGAUUGGAACUUUCGUUACGACUUCAAGGCUGGCGUCUUUGCCGAGUUUCGACAGGAGCCGGAUGCCGCGAUCCGCUCCCUUGAACAAGCAUACGGGAUAUUAAUGGGUGCUGAUGUUCUGGAUAUUAUGCCAAGCUGGAGCCCUCGCUGGAACGAGGCCCGACUCUUGGCAGACCUCAUCUCCAUCCGCUGCCUGAGGAUCCAGCUAUGGAUGGGGCACACAAGUCUGGCGGUGAGCAGGUGGGAAGCUCACCGAGAUCGCAUCGGUGACUUUGUAGACCGACGAGGCCGCGGGACGAACAACUAUGGCUGGCAGGCGUGGGAGGCGCGGUGGGCAACGGUCAUGGCUCAGCUGAUAGAAAAGGUCGAGGUGGCCGGGCUGACACCAGCAACGAUGAGAAUCUACAUGCCGCCUGAGAAAGCGGUCCUCGCCGAGCGGCUCAGGCCGUGGGAGCUGCUUCAUCACACAGGAUACUGGUAUCGGAUUGCGGCGCGGCACCUUGCUGCGCGGAGGACCUUGGCGCAUAUGAUGCCGGAGGAGGAUCGCGCUGCGCCAGACUCGACGUCGUCUGCGCAAGGAGGCAGCAAGUCGUUUGCAUACGACACAUACAUGUGCCCAGCGCCGCACGAGGAGUACCCCUUAUCCGGCCAAGGCGUCGACCACACGCAGCUGGUCAUCGACUGCCUGAUCAUGGCUCGGACGCAGUUCCAGGCCCGCAAGCAGCUGCGUCUCGCUGCUGAGAUUUCGCUGGAGUGCGCGCGGGAGAUGGCGUCACAGGGCCAUUGGGAGGAGGUUGUGGCGAUGCUGCGGCCGUUGUGGGAUGACGGCUCGUUCCGGUCCGAGCAAUGGCUGGACGCGUCCGAGGACCUGUGUUGGCUACUGAGAAGGGCUGCUGCCGCCACGGGGCGGGGGGAUCUCGUCGUCUCCAUUGAUUGGGAGCUGAUGAAUGCGAAGUUCUCACGGCGAGCUCACUGGCACUACGAUCUACGAAGGUCCCUCGAUGGCCUCAAGGCCGAGACUAAGCCUGUCGUCGGCCUGACAGACGAGAGUGCUUCGACAUUAGUCUCUGCCAGCUUUGUGUUUCGCCACAAGGAAAGCAAAGCCGGCGAAACAUGUGCCGCGCAGCUUGUCUUGACUUCGCACGCGCUCAAGGGCUCGGCGCCUCUGACCUUGUCGUCUGUGCGAGUAGAAUUUGAUGGAAGCUUGAAACCCCUCAUCAUUGACCACGACGAGGGGGCCCUAGGCGCAGCGGAAAACGAGACGGUCACUGCCGUUGAAGUGGAGGAGAAGUUUGCGGCAGACUCGGACGAUGAACUGCCGACGGAGCUCAGGGGCCACGCCAACCUCACAUUGCGGCCGGGGCAGCAGCUGAUAUUUGAGAUGGCGGUGCCCCUACGAGAGGCCGGCGAUGCAGAGGCGUCGAGCGUCACCCUGGCGUAUCAGAGUGACGCUUUCGACCUUGAGUAUGCGCUCAAGUUUAGGGAAACAGACGCAGCUGUCGGGUGGUUCACAAGAGGAUCGCACAAACCCCGACAACCGCGGUCUGACGCGCGAAGUCUGCAUAUACAGCCUCGGCCGCCGAAGCUGCAGAUUGCAGUGCUGGAGCCUCAGGAGCAGUACUACACGAACGAGAUGGUUGACGUGCAAAUCGAACUACGGAACGACGAGGACGAGGAUGCAAGCGUCAAGCUGGACGUGCUCUUGUUCGGCGAGGCAUUACCGGCCUUUAAGCUCACCGCCGACGGAAACAAGCAUCAGGCAGACGGCGCAGAGGAGGAGUCGCGCAUCAGUGGUGUCGGGCUCGGCCACAUGGCCAAGGGGUCGUCCUUGGUGCUUUCCAUACGUAUCGACCCGGCCAGCGCGCCGACAAGCUACGACAUGCAUCUGCGAGCAACGUACCACCUCGACUCUGACAGCGCGACGCCCAUCAUACAGCUGCUCCCCAUCCAGCUCAACGUGGUGGCCCCGUUCGAGGCAAACUACGAUUUGGUCCCGCGGCUCCACCCCGACCCGUGGCCGAGCCUGUUCAACUACGAGGAGCUGGACGAGGCUGCGGAUGGAGAAGGCAAGACGCAGCCCAGAGGGUUUGCUCAGCAGUGGUGCUUGAUGUGCCACUACGCAUCGUUUGCGACGGAGGACCUCGAGGUCAGCGAUGUCGACGUGGAGAUCCUAUCAUGCGUGGGCGGGGCCCAGUGCAGCGUCGUCAAGCGGCCCGAGGUACCCGCGGAAGGGAUCGUGGCGGCACCGAAGACGAUGCACGAAGCGCAGUUUGACCUGGUGGCGCAGAAGCUCAGCCUCGACGACCGGCACCCGGUGACGCUCGACCUCGCGUUUGUGAUCCGGUGGAAACGCAGGAGGACGGCACAAGCGGCGGCGGCGGACGACGGCGCGGUCAACACGACGACGAUGCCGGUGGGCCAGUACCUGGUGCUCGGGACGGAGCCGCGGGUGCUCGCCUCGGCGCUGCACGCGCACGCGCCGGGCGAGACGUGGCCGAGCGUGAUGCACCUGGACAUGACCAUCGAGAACCCGUCGAACCACUUCCUGACGUUCGGCCUGACCAUGGAGCCGAGCGACGCCUUCGCCUUCUCCGGGGCCAAGCAGACGACGGUGCACCUGCUGCCCAUGUCGCGCCGCACGACGCGGUACCGCCUCCUGCCGCUCGUGGCGGGCGCGUACGUGCGCCCCGGGCUCGUCGUCCGCGACAAGUACUUCCAGAAGGUGCUGCGCAUCAUCCCGACCGAGGGCAUGAAGAUUGACAAGGACGGGCUGCUGGUGUGGGUGCCGGGGGAGGUUGCCUCGUCGGCGGACGGCGCGUCGGCGUCGGAGUCGGGGGACGAACGGUGA